AUGCUCCUCGCUCUCGUGUUCCUUCACUACUUCAGUCAGCACUCAGUCGCCGCGCCCAUCGCCGACAUUCGGUCCGUCGAGGACCUUUCCCCAUCUUGCGAUAAACUCAAUGACUGUCGUACGCUCCUGAGCAUCGUAUCCAGUUGCAUCGCCACCAUCAUCGCAUGCGUCUGGACUGCUGUUCACCCCGACAUUCCGCCGUACAGAGAGGACCCCUGGUGGCAGAAGUUUCGCCGUAUAGGGUUCACCAUUAGUGCCAUCAUUGCCCCGGAGAUCUACAUUUACAUAGCGACGUUCCAAUAUAUGGACGCUCGCAAAAUAGCUCGGAUGCAUGUGUUCAAAGAGCAUGGCUGGACGACUACUCAUGGCUUCUUUGUUCUGAUGGGAGGUUUUGUGCUAUGCAACCCCGCGGAACGCAGCACAAAGCAGCUCGAAGCCAAAGAUAUUAUUAUCCUCAUCGACGAAAACAUAAUAGAGUUCCCAUAUAUAUCGGAGGAGGAAAUCCAGGACAAAAGCAAAGCAAACUGGCUCUCUAAAACGGCCGCAGUCGUUCAGACUUUCUGGUUCGCGCUGCAGGUCCUUGCCCGUUUCAUCGAACGUCUCCCCAUUACGGAGCUAGAAAUUUUUACGGCCGGUUUCACAAUCAUGGCGAUUGCCAUGUAUGCGUUAUGGUUGAAGAAGCCGUUCUGCGUUGACGUACCCAUUGUCCUUCAUGAACAUCCGAACGCUAUUACAGUCGCAGCGAACGUGACUCUGGGCAGUAUCGCGGAUGUGGCGGAUGUACCGAAUGCACAAGGGACAGUGGAGUCUGAGGCAGGUUGCCCGACAAAUGCAAGCGAGGUCGAGCUUGGUCUACUGCACAGUCAUUCGCACUCUAUCGAUGUCCAGUCUCAUGACGAGUCUCAUGUCGGGCCGAGGAUAUCAAUACAUUGCCACUCCAUUCCAUCUGAGGAAAGGACGUUCUUACAAAACUUGCUUCAUCCGCUGAAACUAGUCUGGGACGCAGGAUACGAACUCAUGCCCGAAUUCAUUGACGACUUAUAUCCUAUAGCGAUUGAGGGGAUUCGAGACGGAAGCAACGUGUUCUAUCGUGGGCUGCUGUAUGCAGUAUGGGCGGUUACAAGCAUCAUAUUGGUCCCUACUGCCUUGAUAUUCGCUCAACCUUUUCAUGCACAAUGGUGGCAUCGCUACCGGGCCUCAGACGCGGACCACGUCAGUCCUUUUGUAGCAAUCACAGCCGAUGUAGCCUGUAUGUUAGUGGUGCCUACGAUUUUCGGACUCAUUCACUGCACUGCAUGGUUCUCCGAUUUUCCAACGGUCGAGGAGCAAUACCUAUGGCGAAUACUCUCGCUUGUGAUCACUUGUAUUCCUGCCUUUGAGGCGUCUGUGGCCGGUAUCUUAGCAAUACCGAAUUUGUCUUUACCCGAAAUAGUGGCAGCUGCACUAGUAGGGCCUUCCGUUAUUUUCGGUGUCAUCGCCCUCAUACCAUACGUUUUCUCCCGACUCAUCCUCCUCGUCAUCGCAUUUACGACCCUCCGCGCGCUUCCCCCCGAUGCAUAUAAAGCCAUCUCUUGGGUAGAACUCAUUCCGCACUUCUAG